ACAGAAGAGCAACCUGAACCCUGGAUGAUGAUGUGACGUGUGAACGGGUCUGGACAGAAUGAGAACCAGGGAGUCCCCCCCACCGCCUCCGGGUCAUGUCCACGUAGCGGGGAACACACCUGUGCACGUGCAUGUGAGGAGCAGCAAACCCCCGCAGCUGGUUACACUGGUUCGUUCAACUGGGAACACAGGCCGACAGUUUUACUGCACGUGUAAAAACAGGACAAAAGAUUAUCAGAAGAAGGGAGAUGGAGCGAGGCAUAAGGUUCGAUCUCCGUGGAUUCCUCCAGGAGGACCGUCCUCCCGUAAAGACCUGGGCUUACACUCCUGCCAGAGAAGCCGAGCGCAGCUUCAGUCCGGACAUCGGUGUGGUGGAGAGGAGCAGGAGGAGAACACGACACCAGUUCCCAGAACCCUCAGCGUCCUGCUCCGAGAGGAAGAAGACGUCCGUCAUCUGAAGAGACAGGAUUCAAGGAGCUCACAUGGAGAGACGGACGAGCUCCUGAGGGCCUUAGUAGAAGCAGAAAUCGACGGCGUAACAGUAGCCAAUCAGCUCACUGCCCUGAAGGAGACUGUCGACAGCCUCGUUAAGGACAAGCGGCUGUCGAAGCUGAACGCAGCCUCAGUGGGGCGACAGCAGGAGCUGCUGCUGGAGAAGUUACAGAUGUUCGACUACACGAACCAGAGCCUCCGGGAGCUCCUCAGAGAGUGGACCCAGAACCAGAGAGAUUCACUGGCUUGGUCCGAACAGAAAGACGCCUUGAAGAAGAGAAUGGCCGACAGUGAAGCUGAGAACAUUCGACUUUUGGCCCAACUCAGCAACACGGAGAAAGAGGCGUCCAGGCUCGCUCUGCACUUGGACUUAGAAAAGGACAACCUGAAGACGACGGAAGAGCAGUGGAGAAUCCUGGAGUCAACACGCAACAACAUGGAGUCUCAGAUGAACACAGCUGAGGCUGGAACGGCUCGAAUGUCUGCUCAGAUUCAGGGACCGCAUUGGGAACCGUUUUCUUGGAGUACGCCAGCACCGCUUCCCUGUGCGGGUCAGAGGAUGCAGGAGAACCAGGAGCCGAAGCAGGAGGUGCUACAGACUCAGAGGCAGCGCAGGGAGGAGGACCACGAGGAGACGCAGUGGAGGCGAGACCAGAAAGCUCCGGUGACCCAGCAGGCCCCCAGGGAGAUGGAAGGAAGACUUCAGGAGAAGGAAACCCAGUUGGUUCAAGCUCUGGCCACAUCCAGUGACUGGUGCCUGAGACAUUCUAAAGAGGCGGCUGCUAAGAAGCAGCUGGAGGAGGAAGUGUCUGUUCUCAAACUCCACGUGAACGAGCUGGAUUACCGUCUUCACUCAGCAGAGGACCGGACCCGGCAGGAGAGGGAGAAGUCCCAGGAACAGCUUCAUCACCUCAUGGAUGAAAACGCCUCCACCAAGCUGGAGAACCAGAGACUCCAGGCUGAGUUUACAACAUUCGAGGAGAAACUCCGGGGAUUUCAGACUGAAGCUCAUCAGCUGAAGACAUCCAUCAAAAAGUAUGAAGACCUGGUUGAGAAAUACAAGAAGAAGGUCCAGCAGGCUCGUCUGGAGUCGGAGGAGUACUGCCUGAAGCUGGAGAUGAUGCAGAAGGAAAUGCAGGAGGUGAAGGUGAGCCUGGAGAGGGAGAAGGAGCAGGUGAGGAGGGAGCUGCUGGGCCGACUCCGCGAGCUGGAGGCGCUGCCCGACAGACUGAGCCGGACCGAGCAGCAGCUCCGAGACGCCCAGCAGGAGGUCGACGCCCACGAGCGGAGGACGAUGGAGAACAGCUCGGCCCUGUCUGAAGUCAGGCACCAGGUGAAGCAACAACACGCUCAGCUGGAGAUGUUUCAGCAGGAGAACCUGCGGCUUCAGGAGAAAAACGACAUCCUCAAAGAAACCAUCCACCGCAUAGAAAGGAGCCUGGAGGACACGAGGGAAGAACACAAAGAGAUGUCUGAGGCUCUCACCUCAAAAGAAGCCGGAGUCCAACGCGUUCAGCAGCAGCUGGAGGAGAAGAUGCAGGAGUGCAGCUCUCUGACCAGACAGCUGCAACAAGCUCUGGACGCUGCAGAGAGACAGGUUGACAACAACAUGCAGAAGGUUUUGGCCAAAGAGAGAGUGUCCCAGUCUAAAACCCUGGACCUGGUGGACCAGCUAAGUCAUGCUAAAACAGAGCUGAGUCAGCACCAGCGCAGCAAGGAGCAGAUGGAGCGUCAGUUCCAGAGUCAGCUGCAGAGCAUGAAGGACAGACUGGAGCAGUCGGACUCCACAAACUGCAGUCUGCAGAACUACGUCCAGUUCCUGAAGACCUCGUACAGAAACGUGUUCGGAGACGGUCUGCUCACAGACUGACUUCAAACUUCACCCACGCUCAUCCCACAACAUAGCAGAUCUAAAUCACAUUUAAUGAGUAACUGCUUAUUACAUGAGUCUUACACUGUUGAUGAAAUUAAACAGGAUUUCUAUUUAAUGAAAAGAAUAUUGUUUUGUUUGGAGUAAAUAACUUUUUUCACGUCAUCAGGAGGUAGAUCCCCUCUACACAGACUGCGGUAGAGACUCUAGAGCAGAGAUCUACCGGUCGAUGGCAGAGGCAUUGUGGGUAGAUCGCAUCAUGCGUGCACGACUGGACAAGAGGCAGUCACGUGGACGCGCCCAUUGACGUACCCGCCCUUCUAGCACUGACUUAUUUUGGAUCGACCACAGAUAAUGAAAGUUUGAUCAUCAAAUGAAACACAAAUAAGAGGUUUGCCUUUUAAAGAUCUGGAAACUCCAUGAAGUCUGGGGUUCAAAAGCUUUACCUCAAGAUAUCUCCCUCUGGUGGAUCAUCUGAAUGACAUCUCAUGACUCUCUUAAACUUUGAGAUGACUUUCGAGUGAUUUUAUAAAUUGAUAAAACACUUUAAGUUGUCGACCUUCGUUUAGUUGUGGAUUCGCUUCGUUCAUUUUCUUAUUUUUCCCUCCAAAAUAUCUAGAUAAAUUGGUUUUCAUCUGGAAAUAAUGUUUAAUGCAUUUCCUUCGAUAGAAUUUGAAUUAUGUACUAAACUGAAUGUCAGGACUUCCGGUCUGUCGAUACAAAUCUGAAAAGCCCUGUUCGAACAAAUUUAUUUAUUUAGAAAGUGAAACACUGGAGUGCUUUUACUUUGAAACGGGUUUGGAAGUGUUAUAAAUACGUAAGUGUCAUAAACAGAUACAAAUUGUGUUUCCCUGCAGAAUAAACAGAAACAAAUUAUGUUUUGAUUUUUAUAUGAUUUAUUGAUUUAUGCCACAAAUAUAAAUAGUUGCAACACUUUCUGUACGCGCUUCAAAUAAAAGCACUCCAGCGUUUCUGUUGCCCGAAUCCAUUCUAUUGUUUAAAAAUGUGGCUUUAUUGUGAAAUAUUUGCAGUAGCAGAAGAUGUACAGCUUCAUACUGUAAAGUACUGGUAUUUAUUUGAGUACACAGGACUACUUUUAUACAGGGAAAUAGUUAUAUUUAUGGCCAUA